GUGUAUUAUUCUGUUGACAGGCAAUGAACACCAAAGGGCUGAUCAUGUUGAGCUUUGCUGUGGUGGGGUUGUGCUUAGUGGCUGCAGCCGCGGGAGAAUCCCGGCGAUUUGAGCCCAGCAAAACUGGAACUGGCGACAGGGGAGUUGUAACAAGUUGUGGAGGCCAGAAAUUUUCUGCAUGGUUUUCUCCCACUAGAGUGCGUGAUGGUGACAACGUAACGUUCCACAUGACUAUCACGCCAGAUAUUGGCUUAUCAGCUGGUCGUUAUAGCCUCGACAUUUAUUUACCAAAAACAAAGUAUCCUAUGAUUGGUUACGAGGACAGAGCCAACUGCAAUUCUCUCAAACCGUCUCUUGCUAAAUUUUGUCCUUUGCAGGCAGGCAGAACGUAUGAUGAAACCUCUUGGGUGAUUGCCAAUUUGGCUUCCUUUGGAGUUCCCCUGGGCGAUUACUUUGUUCGUGCUCAAUUCUGGAACGAGAGAGGCCAACUAUUUAUUUGCGCAGAGGCGAAUGUGUCGAUCAUACCAUAGCACAAUGUACAUGUGUACAUAUUUCAUUAUUCCUGAGUACUUUCUGCAUGCUAAGAUAAUUCACGCUAUCAAUGAAUUAUCAAGAUUUUAAAAAUUGUUUAAAAUCACCCCGUAUAUCAGUCCACUGGUAGUAUUUUGCUUCUCCUCCAGCCAGAAUAUAAUUAUAAAAGAUCAUGAGAUUCCCUUUUUUGCCGUGUCAUAUUUAUAUUUUGUGAACGAUACUAGUGUGCUGAUAAAAAGAGACACUGACUGUCAGAAUCUGAAUGUCUGUGUUUGAAAUCUUACUCGUAUCCACUGCUUGAAAUGAUGUUAAGUUUGUUAUAUAUGUAAUAAAAACAUCACUCAAAAA